UUAAGAUGGCUUCCAAAGAGCAGAUCGAGAGUUUAACCGAGGACACAAUUUGCCCCAUUUGCCUGGAUUUCUUCAGCAAUCCGGUUAUACUGGAGUGUGGACACAACUUCUGCCGCUCCUGUAUCACACGGUGUUGGGAAAGGGAGGAGAGAAACUCCUGCCCAGAAUGUAGAGAGGAGUUUGCGGACCGCACCCUCAAGGUAAAUCGGGCCUUAGCAAGUCUGUCUGAGAAAGCUCGAAAACUAAACCAGAAUACGAAAGAGGAGGCAAGUAAAUUUCACUGCGAGGAACAUCAGGAAGAACUGAAGCUGUUUUGUGAAACAGACAAGAAACUGAUCUGUGUGAUUUGUGUCGGUGCGCGGGAACACAGAGAGCACCGCUUCCUGUCGAUUGAAGAAGCUGUUGAAAUCUACAAGGCUCAGGUUAAAUCUUCCAUGGAAUCUCUCACAGAUAAGAAAUCAGCGAUGAAGGAAAUCCAACAGCAACACGAACAGCAGAUUUCGGGAGUUCGGGAGCAGUCACACAACCUUCAGUCCCAUAUCAUAUCUGUCUUUGAUCAACUGCACCAGACUCUCAAUGAAAAAGAGCAGCGCUUACUCAGAGAUCUCAGGGAGGAAGAGGAGAGGAUUCUAAAUCCAAUGGAGAAAAAUCUUCGAGCGAUUCAAGAGAAUUUAACUUCGAUUCAGGCGGAACUCUCAAAGUUACAGAAACAUCUGGAUCAAAACGACAGUGUGAUCUUUCUGAAGGAGGAAGCUCGACGGAAGUGGAGGAUCGCUGAUGAAGAACAGACAUUGUCAGUAGCAGACGGUACUCUGGCGGUUGAAAAAUUCGAUCACCCUUUUUUGUUGACUACAAUAUUGAGAGAAACGUCUGAUACCAUUAAGCGAGUCUCCGUGACCCUGGAUGUGGAAACGGCGAGUCCGCGGCUGGAGGUGUCCGAGGAUCGGAAGAGGGUGAGACGGACCCGGACCUGGAGGGAUCUCCCCGCCACCGGAAAGAGGUUCACAGUCGGGGCCUGUUUGCUGGGAUCGGAGGGAUUCACAUCGGGGAGACAUUACUGGGAGGUGGCGGUGGCGGGGAGUCGGCGCUGGAGGCUGGGAGUCGCCGCAGAGUCUGUGGAGAGGAAGAGAAAGGUCCAACUGACAGUGCAGAACGGGGUCUGGACCAUCGGGCGCAGCGUUGACAAGUUUUAUGCAUUCUCCUCCCCUCGAUCCAGUCUCCCUGCCGGUUCCAUCCCCCGGAGGGUGGGAGUUUAUCUCAGUUACGAGUCCGGGACAGUUUCAUUUUACGACGCGGACACCAAGUCCCAUCUCCACACUUUCACUGGGAAUAAGUUCACGGAGAAACUUUAUCCUUUUUUCCGGAGUCGGGAUGAAAACACAUGGCUGAGAAUCUGCUGCGGUUCCGCUCCAGAUCGGUAAACGGGUCGGAUCCCGGGACCGACGUCAGGAGCGGGACGCAGGGGCUCUGGGGCAGAAACCCCGUGGACAACAGGUUGGCGCUGAACGGGUCCCAUUUAAUCCCCAAACCCGCACU